UAGGGUCAGGGCUGGGUGGGCUGCCUGUCGUCCGGCAUGGGCUCCCGUGAGCUGGCUCAGUUGGGCUUUCUCGGAAUUGCCCCCGCUCGCUGCCCUUUAUAAAUACCCUGGGCAGCCUCUGGUCCCCUCACUCCCUGCCCGACGUCCGCCGCCUCCACAUCCUCUCUAUCAGAGGCAGUUCAGUCCGAGUCAAGCGUCUGUGUGGCGUCCGUAGAAACUAGGAACUCGCUGGAUGACUGGCGUUACCUCAAGGCCUCGUGAGGAUUGAGAUUUUAAGUGACUGGCGAAGGCAGCGGUGCGUCUCCCCGGGAUGGCGACACUAGCCAGGGGCGCCAGGCUCCUGCUGGGGCUGUCCCUGACCCUCACCCUCGUCACGGCAGCUGACGACUUGGUGCAGCAAGUGACGGGACCCAACGUUGUGAAGGAAGCUCUGGGUCCACUAAUGGAAGUUGCAACGCGGGAGCAGCGCGCGGCCAGCUUUCCCAUGGCCGCGGGCUGCCUCUCGUGCACGGUGGGCAGCCACGGCCACCCGCACGAUGGUGUCCACUCAUCCCGCCAAGAGCACCGGAGCGAGCAACGGUUCGUCAACGGCCAGCCCGUGUAUGACCUUUUCCACGAGCGUCGCAUCGAGGAUGGCCGCAUCGUGCACGACCGCAGAGUAGAGAAGGACGAAGACGACCUGGGGUACCGGCCACGCACACACGGCGCCUAUCCCAGCCAGUCCUCCCUGACCCGCAGCAGUGCUAACAGAGGAUACAACCACGGCGUGGGCACCCAUCAGUACAUGCCCACUCACAGUGCCAGUAGCAGCAGCAGAAGCAGCAGUAGCAAUUUCCAGUCGUCCUACGGCUCCAAUGACCUCUCCAGCGAGUCUUCUGAUACCUUUGGCAGUGACUUUGCUCGCAUGCAGGAAAAUCUGAGGCGGCAAAUGAUGAAUCUUGGCUCUCCUCAACCCACUUACGGAGGCAGCCAACGCAGCGAGUAUAGCUCCCAAGUCCGAUAUGUCAACGGCCAGCCCGUGUACGAGAAGAAGGAGGAACGCAAGUACAAGAACGGAGAACUGGUGCACGAGAACACUCAUGAGAAAGGGCCUGAGGACUUCGGUACGGAGGGUGUCGUAAGGCAGUAUGACGAGCACGGGGCCCUCAUCACGGACGGAGCCCUUGGCGGUGACUCCUACCAUCGACAAUGGGAAACGAGAGAGCAGUUGCUAGGCAGCACGAGCCACCGCCCCGCGUACAGGCCCAGCUAUUCCUCGCACUCCCGUGACCAGCACCACUCCUCCACCUACCCAAGUCACCGCCCUCUGCCUCGUCCAACCACCGAGAGUUCCUCCUCGACGCGGUACACUCAGACCCACCCAUCGCGUAGUCCUAACCCAAGGCCAGCCCCGAGGCCUUACUACCCUACCCACAACCACAUUUCCUCCGAGCAGCGCAACACGGAGCUCCACACUUCCUCCUCCUCCCCCUCCUACCCCCCCCGCAGACCCACAUACACCAGACCAGCCACGUCUCAUAUUUCUAACUCCGAGUCUGACCACAAUUCCGAUGAAGACACACGUUCCCCCUCCUCCCCCUAUAACCCCUCCAGCAGACCGACCUACACCAGACCAGCCACUUCUCAUACAAAUUACGACUACAAUUCCCGUGACGACACACAUUCCUCUUAUCCCUCCGCUCAUUCGCCCUACCCCUCCCGCGGCAGGCCCUCGACACCUCACCACCGCCCAGACACCGGCGAGUCCUCUGCACAUGUUUACUAUCGAGAAGAGUCCCGCCACUCUCAUUCGGACUCUGACCUCACACGGCAGCGCCCAUCACCGGGCAUUGACGACCUACACCUGACACAGGUGCAGCCAGCCUCCAGGACCCCCGACGAUGAGGAGCCCUCCAGCCAGCAUGUGCAGCACACCUCGGAGACACGGGACAGCACCCAGACGCCGCACACCAGGCCCGGGAGGUACAGAGGCUACGGUCAAAACGAGGGAGUGUCCGGCAGUGACUAUCCCCACAGGCGGCCGGGUGUUCACCACCGACGCCCCGACACCGACGAGCCGGAGAACGAGCCCGAGGAUGACCUGUACCAGCGACCGGACAUCGAGGACGAGGACAACCGAGGCCGCUCUGACAUUAGCCCGCUUGAGGAUGGCCUGGUGCCCACCGUCCCGACAGUUGACAACGAAAUGGUCGUUCCUGACAUAGCCCCAAGUCCGGUCGAAGACGAGAGUGGCGAGAGGGACAACGACAUCAACGGGAUAGGUGGCGUGGGUGGCGCCGAAACACACAGGUCCCACGUGGCAUCUUCUGAGACCCGCUACAACUCUAGAGUACGGUUGUCCGGCACCUCACCCGCUCACCACGUCCGUCCGGGCUACUCGCGAGAGUCAUCUUACGAAGAUAAGACGACAACGAGCAACAACCGACCCGCGACCACAGCCUCGCGGCACUAUCAAUACAGAAACGACACCAGCCGCCGCACGUCCGUGGUGGGAGAGCAGGAGCCUUUCCCCGCGGGCCUGCCGUGCACACGGGCUAACGGGUGCGUGGUGGUGACCGCCCCGCACACUGACUCAUACCGAUCCGAAAUUCGCACAACUUACAGGUAUGUGAACGGCCGCCUGGUUGGGAUGACCCAGCAUGAACGCAAAUACAAAAACGGCGAAAUGGUUGACGAGAACACGACGCAGCACGGGAGGGACGAGGUGGCCCACCUAAACCUGCAGGAGUUUGGUAUCGGCCAGCUGGACUUACCUCAAGAGGAUAUCCGGCCGGGCAUCUACUCGCAGCAGCACGAAAUCAGGGAAGAGAAGGAAUAUGUGGACGGCCAACAAAUAUACGACCUUCACCACGAGAAGCACUUCGCAGACGGCAAUCUCGUGUACAACAAUCGAGUGGAACUGGAUGAAGACGAUCUGCGAGAGUUGGGUCGUGGGGGCGUGGAUCUGCAAGUCGUCGAUCAGAGCAGCGAAGUGACGAGUCACAGCCGACACCACACCGCCGCGGGAGGCUUGGACACUUCCUCCCUCCUCCACCAGGUGACGGACGGCAGCCACGCGUCCUCCGCACCCGUGUACGACAGCCGCCGUUUCGAGAGUCGCCGCGAGCAGGAAUUCGUCAACGGCCAGCCAGUGUACGACCUGCAUCACGAACGCCUCUACAAGAACGGGUCGUUGGUGUACGAAAACAGGACGGAACACGACGAAGACGACUUGGUGCGCACCGGUCAUCACGAUGCCCUUCACAACAUUUUGGCUGGCAACACCCUCACCACCGCCACACAGGACUCAUACAACAGGCCGGCCACGGUUCCCUACGGCUCUUAUGGAGAUCACCGCGGGGCCUCACACGGCGGGGAGUCCUACGGUGACGUCUCACAAACCAGUAAUUCCUACAGUCAGAGUGCGGCGUCUUACAACACCUACGGACGCACCACAGACUCUCCCGAUCAGCCCGGAGAAACCAACGACUACGACAGAAUGUAUAACAGAGGCUCUUACGGGGGCAGCCCAGGGGUCCCCAGCGGCUCCGUAGCGUCAGAGAGCAGGUCAAGCUACAGCUCCACGUCCCAGAAUAGGGUGGGCACGGACCUCCUCACCGCCCACCCUCCGGGGUCUGGGUCAGGACGCGCCACCACCACGGUCCUGGGAGGUUCCGACUUGCUGCUCACAGGCUCAGGGUCUCUGCGUAGUGGCUCCUCCGGUUACGACUCCGACGAUUCCUUAGAGUCAGGAAGCGUCACUGGUAGCAACAUUCACAGCAGCAGCAGCAGCAGCUCUCACCAUCAACUGGAGACUAGCGGAAGAAGUAGAUCUGGCUGCCUGACCUGCGUUCUCCUGGCGGGGUCGGAGCUUCAUAACUCUUCCUCCUCCUCCCUUGGCCUGUCAGGGGGCCUGGGCGCGGGUGCCGGGUACAGUCAGCGGCACGAGAUGAACAAAAUGGAGCACUAUGAGGACGGCAAGCUGGUGCACGGCCAGGCGGACACACGCAGGUUCCAGAACGGACAACUCGUGCAUCAAGACUCUCAACAGUACUCUGACCCGGACGCCCAGCGUUCGACCUCCGCCUACUCUGACUCCUCCUCGAGUCCCUCCUCCUCGUGGUCCUCGUGGGCGUCGUGGUCAUCGUGGUCCUCCGGUGAUCCCGCGCCAGCCAGCGGAGACGUGUGUGCUUCCAGCCCUUGCCACAACGGGGGCACGUGUCUGACCGGCUUGUACGGUCCCAUCUGCACCUGUAGUUUCGGUUUUACAGGUUCAGAGUGCGAGGAGGCGGAGUGCACGCGCGGGUACUGUCGGCACGGCGGCAGGUGUAGUGUGGUGGGCGGGCAGCAUCUGUGCCAGUGUCCCAGCGGCUACACGGGUCUUCGGUGUGAGAGGCGGGGACGCAGCAGGAGGAGGAUCGCUAAGCAACCUCAUGACUAAUAAAUUUACGUCGGAGGACUCACGCUUCAUCCAGGGAGAGAGAAAACACGACCUACUAUAAGAGGGACCGUUAUGGAACCUGAUUAUUAUUAAAUUUGCAUUUCUGUUCCCGGGAAAGAGGAUAUACGGCCAUACGAAAAGCUUUCUCCGCACUUUUUUUUUUUUUUCGAGUCCAAUAUAAGUGAAUGAUUCUUUUUGUACCCUUCAUAAUCGAGCGCAGAAGAUUGUUUCUCCAUUAUUUAAACACGUCAGUUUCUCUAAUCACCAGACUGCGGAAAAAUAGUCUUCAGGAUUCAUAUGGCAUCGGAAUCGAAGUCGCAAAAGCAUCAUAAUAAAAACCCACUGCGCACCAAGGUGGUUGGCAGAUAAUGUUCACCUCAUAAAUUUAGUCGUCCUAAAUAUCAAGAACUUUUUACAUAUUUCAUUAAACGUUUACGAAAAAAAAUAUAUCAAUGACGCUGACUUCGUGGCUUUAGUCUCUCUCUCUCUCUCUCUCUCUCUCUCUCUCUCUCUCUCUCUCUCUCUCUCUCUCUCUCUCUCUCUCUCUCUCUCUCUCUCUCUCUCUCUCUCUCUCUCUCUCUCUCUCUCUCUCUCUCUCUCUCCGAUUAAGUGUUAUCCUUAUCCAGAUUAGUAUUACCUUCUUUUUCGUCUUUCCUUUUGCAUCAACACCAUUUUCUUCUUUUUCUUCUUCUAAUCCUCCUCCUUCUCCUCCUCCUCCUGUUCCUCCUCCUCCUCUUCCUUCUCCCCUCAAGUGGCCCAUGGCCGUCGCUCAUCAGUAUCACGAGUCACCAUAUAAGGUGAUCACUUCACUCAUACACUAUUAUUAUUAUUAUUAUUAUUAUUAUUAUUAUUAUUAUUAUUAUUAUUAUUAUUAUUAUUAUUAUUAUUAUUAUUGUCAUUAUUAUUAAUUUAUUUAUAUUUAUGAAAACUAACCAGAAUUGUUAUAUUUUUUUUCUCGGUUCAAAGUACUUACAUAAAAGACACAUUGCUGUUGUCCCACAAUUAUAAUAAAAUAAAUGAUGAUAACAAUU